GAAUUGGAUCAUCUUUAUCAUCAUCACUUGUAUAUAUAUCAUACUGUAUCAUAUUAAGACUUAAUUCAAAGUAUUAUCAUUGCUUCAUUACAUUAUUACAUUCAACUGUAACUAAUCUAGAAUUCAUAACAUUUAAACGUUCACCAAUUCAAAGUCUGAUUCCAAAUCACAGUUUAUUACGUCUGAUUGCAGUCAGUCAGAAAGUUUGAAAAGAUAACAUCAUGACUUAUACUAUAGGUGAUCGGAAAAUAACUCUAAGGGACAAUUUAUCACAAGCAGAUAUUCAUUUAUUAUUGGCUCAUUCCAAGCUUUUUAAAUAUUGUUUAAAUAAUGCUACGUUCAAAUUUCUUAUAAAUUUAAAGAAAUUAGUUCAUCUUUAUGCUGAUAUCAUAACUAUCUAUUCCACUUUACUUAAGAAGAUCCCUAAUUAUGAUGAUAUAACAUUGAUGGCAUAUAAAGCCAAAUUAAAUGUGUUGAAAUUGGAAGGUGAUUACAAUGAAUUAUUUGGAGAAGAUACUCUGAAUAACUUCAAUGCCAAUCCAUUUAAACUUGCCAGUAAUUGGGAAGAAAAGAAUUAUGAAAAUAAUAUUAAGAAAUUCACUAUUUUAAUGUUGGAUAGUACUAUUGAAACAUUUGAUAUCAUGUUUAAAACUUUAAGAUGUAUUGAUGUAUUCUUUUGUAAUUUCAAUAAUUUAAAGAAAUUAUUAAUUCCAUAUUUAUUAAGUCAAACCACAUCAAUCUCCAAAUCAUUACAGAAAGCUCAAUAUUUAUAUCAUUUAACCACCAUAACAGAUGAUAUGGGUACCAUACUGGAAAUAACAGCUCCAAUUUUAAAACAAUUACGAAAAAUUGAAAAGAUAACCAGUGGUAUAGAACGAGAAUCAAGCAUAUUAGAAUACGCAUUUUUAACUUUCAAUCCAUCAUUGGAACAAUAUACUAGCAUAUUAUUAGGUAAAGCCAUCCUAAAACGAGAAGUACCCCCUAAUCAAUGUCAAUUGAUUAAACGAAGAGAUGUUUGUUUACAAGCGGCGGAACAUGUGGUUAGUAUUCCAUUAACAGAAGAUACUACUAACAACUCAACCUAUGAAUAUUUAAGAAAGUACUUAUCGUAUGGAGUCAUGUUAUUAGUAGCAUUAAUAGCAUUGUUCUGUUAUAGAUUAAUCCAUGUAAUCUUUGGACAAUAGAGAUAUAUAUACUUAAUAUACAUUUAUUUAAUAAACUUUAUAGUUAUACUAUUCUGGUAGCCCAAAUGAAACUUACUUUUAGCGUGGUACCUGCAUAUAAAACUGGAUUUACCAAUGCUCUCUCGAACUUCUAUUUACAAACACAGAAAAAGUUUAAAAAUAAGGAAUUCAUGAACUGUAACCCCUCCAACCAUUCAUAGCAAAAGAUAUCAUCAGAUUGUAUAAUUAAAGACUAAUCUAUUCUUGUUAGUGUAUGUUCUGAGUGUGAAUUCAUUACCUAGAAAGAAAGUUUGGUUUGAUUGUGUUGUUUUGAAAAGAAGAAACGCUCUAACUACAAAACGGAGC